GGUUGUCUGUAAGUGCCUUUGUUAUGCUUGCUUAGCUGUGUUCCACAGUUAUUUUUACGUCAUUUCCACUUUCAGUUCUUUCCCGGUGUUAUACAAUAGAUUUAAAAAAUUUUAAACUUGUAUAUUAGGAAUAGACUAUGCAGUGACUGGAAGGUAUUUUGACGCUGUGAUUUUUACACCCAGGCAAGGCUACAUUUUGAUCUAGACAAGGCUGUUUUGGUUUAUUUUUCCCCACGCUCUGUCUUUUCAGGUUGAAUUACUGAUUUUCCCCCCUCUGUUUUGUUUGUUGUGGUUUUGAUGUUCUUUUUCCUUUCAGCUAAAGGAGCAGCCCAGUGGUUUUCGAGAAGUGCCAAAGUGCACUGACUGUCCCACGUGACUGGUGCCUCAGGGAGGGUCGUGGUUCCUGGAUCCAGGACCGACCUGAUCCUGGAUGUCACUUCAAGCAGGCAGAUCGUGGGGAAAAGCCUUGUCUGAUGGCUAGCCUUCCUCAAAACUCUGGUGCUAGUCAUCUCGGAGGGCCUCAGAGAAAGCCUUGAAGCUCCACUUACCUCUUAAUUCUCCUUUGCCUGGGAGUGAGCUGACCAAGGAACCUUUCCGCUGGGAUCAGAGACUCUUCGCGCUGGUGUUGCGCCUGCCGGGCACCAUGUCUGUGGAGUCGGAGCAGCUGACCGGCGUGCCCCUAGAUGACUCUGCGAUCACACCCAUGUGCGAAGUGACAGGCGGCCGCUCAUACUCCGUGUGUUCUCCGAGAAUGCUUAAUCAGUGUCUGGAGUCCUUGGUGCAGAAGGUGCAAAGUGGGGUGGUCAUAAACUUCGAAAAGGCAGGACCGGAUCCUUCCCCGGUAGAAGAUGGGCAGCCAGAUAUAUCAAGACCUUUCGGAUCCCAGCCUUGGCAUAGCUGUCACAAACUCAUAUAUGUCAGACCAAAUCCUAAAACGGGGGUUCCUAUAGGUCAUUGGCCGGUUCCAGAGUCUUUUUGGCCAGAUCAGAAUUCACCAACAUUACCACCUCGUACGUCUCAUCCCAUAGUGAAGUUUUCCUGUACAGACUGUGAACCGAUGGUUAUUGACAAAUUGCCUUUUGACAAAUACGAGUUGGAACCUUCCCCCCUGACUCAGUUUAUCCUGGAAAGGAAAUCUCCUCAAACGUGCUGGCAGGUAUAUGUGAGCAAUAGUGCGAAAUACAGUGAACUGGGUCACCCGUUUGGUUACUUGAAAGCCAGUACAGCGCUGAACUGUGUCAACCUCUUUGUGAUGCCUUACAAUUACCCUGUCCUCCUUCCCCUUUUAGAUGACUUGUUUAAAGUGCAUAAAGCAAAACCAACACUGAAAUGGAGACAGUCGUUUGAAAGUUAUUUGAAGACAAUGCCUCCCUACUACCUUGGGCCUUUGAAGAAAGCUGUUCGAAUGAUGGGGGCACCCAACCUCAUAGCAGACAGCAUGGAGUACGGCCUCAGCUACAGUGUCAUUUCAUACCUCAAAAAACUGAGUCAGCAGGCCAAAAUAGAAUCUGAUCGAGUCAUCGGGUCUGUGGGCAAGAAAGUGGUGCAGGAAACUGGAAUUAAAGUCCGAAGCCGGUCGCACGGUUUGUCGAUGGCCUACAGGAAAGAUUUUCAGCAGCUGCUGCAGGGGAUUUCAGAGGACGUCCCUCACAGGCUGCUGGACCUGAACAUGAAAGAAUACACUGGGUUCCAGGUUGCUCUGCUCAACAAGGACUUAAAGCCACAGACAUUCAGAAAUGCAUACGACAUACCAAGACGGAAUCUUUUGGAUCACUUGACAAGAAUGAGAUUUAAUCUGAUGAAGAGCACCCGCAGGUUUCUUAAAGGGCAGGAUGAAGAUCAAGUGCACAGCGUUCCUAUAGCACAGAUGGGGAACUACCAGGAAUACCUCAAGCAAGUACCUUCUCCGCUGAGGGAGCUCGAUCCUGAUCAGCCUCGAAGGUUGCAUACAUUUGGCAACCCCUUUAAGCUGGAUAAAAAGGGUAUGAUGAUAGACGAAGCCGACGAGUUUGUGGCCGGACCGCAGAAUAAACACAAACGGCCCGGAGAGCCCAACAUGCAGGGGAUCCCCAAACGGCGCCGCUGCAUGUCCCCGCUGCUGCGAGGCCGGCAGCAGAACCCGGUCGUGAACAACCACAUCGGGGGGAAAGGGCCGCCCGCCCCCGCGGCCCAGGCACAGCCAGACCUCGUCAAACCCCUCCCUCUUCAUAAAAUUCCAGAAGCUAGUAACGACUCGACAGUAGACGACGUGGUUGAGAAUCACGUGGCCGACCAACUCUCAUCGGACGCCACAGCAAAUGCUAUGGAUGCUGAGUUUGCAGCAUCUUCCCCAGCCGGUUUACUGGAGCGGCCGACCAACCACACGGAGGCCCUCGGUCACGAUCAUUUAGGAACUAACGACCUCGCCGUCGGCGGGUUUUUGGAAAAUCACGAGGAGCCGAGGAGUAAAGUCCAGUGCCCCGAAGAGAACGCGCCGGCCUCCUCGCUCAGCAAGGGGAAGAAGCUGGGGCACUGCCGGAGCCACGAGGAGGUCAACACUGAACUCAAAGCACAGAUAAUGAAAGAGAUUCGGAAGCCAGGAAGAAAAUACGAAAGAAUCUUCACUUUACUGAAGCACGUGCAAGGCAGUUUACAAACAAGACUAAUAUUUUUACAAAACGUCAUUAAAGAAGCAUCCAGGUUUAAAAAAAGAAUGCUAAUAGAACAACUGGAGAACUUCCUGGAUGAAAUUCAUCGAAGAGCCAAUCAGAUCAACCAUAUUAAUAGCAAUUAAAAGGAAACAGAAUGUGGCCACUUAUUUCACUAUAUCUUCUCCAAAUACAAAGUAAAUACAAGACUGUUGUGAUUUUGCAUUCAUUUUUUGACAUGCAUUGUUGGCUAUUUGAGAUACUAAGAGCAAGUCUGCAGAUCCUUUUCUCAUCAUUUUACAGUGACCUUUUCUUCAUUUUUGUUUAUUUUUGUAAUGUGAAAAGUAUCACUCUAAAAAAAUUUUUAUUUAACAAACUAAAAAUAUUCCUCCAAAUCUCUUGCUUGUCAUUGACUCUUGCGUGUCAAUUUCCCUCAGGUUCUAUUUUCUUAAACCAACCUUUAAAAUUGUCACCUCUGUUAAGGUUGAACUUUGCCAAAAAAAAAAAAUAAAAAAGAAGUUACUUUGUAAUUUUUGGGGAAAAAAGCACAUACAUUAAAACUAGGUAAUGUUUUGUAUAUACAGUUAUUUUGGAUAUAUUAUUGUAAGUUGUACAAAUGUAUUUUGAAGAAUAUUUAAGAAAAGCACUUUUGUUAUUCCAUCAAUAAAUGCUCUAUUUUACUCUUG